AUGCACCGCAAGCAGGUGUGGGCGAAGCGUGUGAGGAAGGAGCGCCUAAAGAAGAAGUUCCUCACGCGUAUGCAAGCAACUCGUCUGCUGCAGGUCGACUCUAUCCAGUUUCGUCGCCUCUGCAUUCUCAAGGGGAUCUAUCCUCGUGCCCUCGCCCGCAGCAAGCAAAAGCAGAGCGGCAACGACAAGCAGUACUACCUCGCGCGGGAGAUCAAGUGGCUUGUGCGGGAUCACGUUGCCGAGCGCAUGAUGGCACACCGUGCAUGGGAGAAGAAAGUCCGCCGGGCGGAGGCGAUGGGUCUCACCGAGGAACUUGAGGUUCUAAGGAGCAACAAGGUGAAGCCGCAGUACAGCCUUGUGGCCACAAUCAAGGAGCGGUACCCCUUUUUCAUUGACGCCGUACGAGAUAUUGAUGACGCCAUGUCCAUGAUCGCCCUCUACGCCUUCCUAGGCCCGGAGGUGAUGAGCGAGACGACUAUCGAGACGCACCAUGCGUUAACGUCGGGUCUACAUGGGCGGGCGCGGGAAAUCAGUGAGCGUUGGAACCGCUAUGUGGCACGGGCCCACGCGCUGUCAAAGGGGUUCAUUUCAAUUAAGGGGUACUACUUUGAGGCCAUUGUGCGCGGAGAGCGGGUGCGCUGGUUGUGCCCCCACGAGUAUGCGCACAAGUUUCCAGCAGGAAUUCAACAGUACAUUACCCUCAGUUUCCUUGAAUUCUACAUUGAACUGAUGCGCUUCGUCCUGUUUAAGCUGGAGCACGACCUUGAGCGCGACAUCGCGGAACAGCAGAGGGUCGAGGACGAUGGGCUUGACACACAUGCCGAGGACUUCCACAUCGCUGGCAAGGAGACAACGCAGGCACUUAGUGGCGUAAAGAAGGAUGCCCUCGGCAGGGCGGAACUUAUGCAGGAGGAGCUGCGGAAGGUACGACGCGUGUUUGAGGGGUUGACGUUUUACCUCUCACGUGAAGUACCUCAGAAGCAUGCGACUCUUAUAAUUGAGGCGUGCGGUGGCCGUGUCGCGACGUCCUACGCGUCAGACAACAUCACACACUUUGUAGUUGAUCGUCCCGCGCUGCCGCCCGGGUUUGAGCGGGUGGAGCGCAUCGAGUAUGUGCAGCCGCAGUACCUCUUUGAUUGCCUCAACGCGCGUAUGCUGCUUCCACCCAACGGCUAUCGCCUUGGUGAGGAGCUGCCGCCCCAUGUUUCCCCGUUUACUGUGGCCAUCACUAACAGCGCCGAGGACGUCGCCGCCGUGGAGGAGGCAAAGAAGAACCAUCCAAAGAUAGUCUCCUAUGUGCCGAAGCGGGUGCACGAGAUACGUACUCUCGUCGACCCUCAGUACACGCCGAUAGACCCGGAAGGAAAGGCCUCCGAAUUGUUGCUGCGCGAUGAAAGCGAUGAGGAGCACGCGGCGGUGCCAGAGUUGGGUGCCGACGACGAUGUUUCGCUCUCUGGCGACGAGCUCGUGGAGGCCAGCCGCCGCCCGAAGUGGGAGGAGGAGGAGGUCACGGAGAAUGUGCAGCGCAGCAAGCUUUCCGCACUCAAGGUGGCGAAGCAGCGCAGUAUGAAUCUCAUGAAUGCACCCACAGACGAAGUGGUGGCGCGGCGGCGUCUGGCUCAGUUGAAGCUGCGGGAGUCGCGGCAGCAGCAGGAGUCGUCGGAGACGCGGCUGAAGCGCAAGCUGGCUGAGGUGAAGCGCCAAGAGGCAGCCACGCGCAAGAUGCAGCUGCAGGUGGCUCGAAAGAAGGCAGCACGCUAUUACAAGAUGGUCAAUGGCGUCGUGCAAGGCAGCCAGCGGCGGGAGAAGAUGCUUGAAGCGAAGGCAAAGCAACUCGCGGAGGGUCGCGUAGCGAAGAAGGAGGAUGGCCGCGAACUCGUCAACGCCCGAGUGGAGGCGAAACGCGCCAAGGCGGCGGCGGCGGGAAGGCCGCUGCGGGAGCGGAAGGCCGCGAACCCGUACAAGAAGCUGCCAAAGUGGGUUCGCUGA